AUGGACGGCGCGUCGCAUCUUGGAGAUGCAUUCCAAUGGAGCGAUUGGCAGACAAAACUGCUGGAUAGUUUGGUGAUCACCUCGUGCUCUCUCUCGAUUCUGGGGUCCCUUUUCAUCUUCCUUUCCUACGCCCUGUGGCGCGACCUGCGCACCACUCCUCGGCUCAUGCUCGUCUGCCUGUCCCUCGCAGACCUCAUCACUGCCGCAGGAAACAUGUUUGGAGUGUUUUACAGGCAGGGUGGAGUCGUGUGCACCAUUCAGAGUGCCUUCACUUCCACCUCUUCUAUCUCCUCCUUCCUGUGGACCCUCUCCAUUGGCACGCACCUCUACCUGUCGAUGUUGAAGAGCACCAAGAAGCGCAACUUUCAGUACCUGUACCAUAUCGUCAGCUGGGGCUUGCCGAUCGUCAUCCUCAUCAUCGCACUCUCCUUUCGCGCUCUUGGCGCGGACGACUUCUCGCGGGCGGUUGGCUGGUGCUGGAUAUCGGACCAGGUGGAGCACCCUCUCUUCUGGUCCUUCUUCGUGGGCAAAUCCGAGGAGAUCACCUCCUACAUCGUGACAUUCUUGUUGUACGCGCUAACCCUAUGGCGCCUGCAUCGACGAGUUCACGCUGGACUACUGCCGAGCAAGAAUGUGCGCAAGGUGAUCAAUCAAGUCGACAAAAAGCUGAUGCUGGUGCCGCUCGUGUUCAUAUUGGUCCGCAUCUGGGGCACCACCCGCUUCCUCUUGGUCAGCGCUGGCCUGAUACGCAUGGACAUCUAUUGGAUGGUUGUUCUUCAAGGCAUUGGUGACUCAGCGCAGGGUUUCGCCAACUUCCUUCUCUUCUGCGUGUUCACCAAGAAGGUGCGCAACAAGUACACUGGCCUCGUACGCCGCGCCUUCUGUUGGAACGAUUAUUACAGCGACGUGUCUUCUGAGGACGAAGACAGGGGCAAGCACUCGAUUCAGUACCCGGUAACGGUGGCAGAGCCACAUUCAUUCAUGCCCGGCGUACGGGUCUACUACUCCGACGAGUCCUCCUUCUCUUCCUCGCCCUCUUCCUCAGCCGCCCCCAGCCGCAACGCCACCGCUCGGCAUUUGUAA